AUGACAAAGGACAAGACAACGAGUGGAAGCUUUGCUGAAGGCUCCAACACUGAGAACAGAUUACCUGCAAACAAUUGGUCUCAACAUGUCAAAGCGCAUAACAAUUUUGCAAACCAAGAAAAUUUCCUGAAAUCAACUUUCGUCUUCUCCUUGUCAGCACAGAAACCUCAGGCCGAUAUAUCAAGUGCUGCAAGGACUAUGGCAUUUAAGGUUCAUAGUCAAAGGAUGCCAACCCAGGAACUUGAAAAGGUUUGGCAAGUUCUAUCCAGGCUUGAGCUUUCUUCGAAGAACUAUUUAAAGCCUGGAAAAAGUCAACCUCCAAAUUGUGUUAAUGCUUCUGCUGCUCAAGGUUGCAGAAAAAAUUAUUCGCAGACUGCCGCAGGCAUCAGCAGUACGUUCCAAAUUAAUGUGGAAAAACCACAACCCUUUAGUGAAAGUAGUACCAGUGGUGAUAAAUCCAGAAACUUUGUGGGAAAUCCUUUCACUUCAGCUGCAGAUGGUCUUGCAGAAGCCAGAAACGUGACCGGCAACAUGGACACAUCAAUCAGUAGGAACUCUAAUGCACAGGCAGUAGGAGUGGCUAGCAAUCAUGCAUUGCGAACACCAAUGGAAGUAUCUGGAAACACUUAUGAAAAUGGCUUUGAAGAUGAUGACAUACUAGAGAAUAUUGAUGUGGAUCAAAUAGUCAUGGAGCACUACCAGUCCAGCUGUACACCUCAAACAUCAGUUUCGGGAUUUCCCCCAAUCACUCCAAUAUCAAAUAGGCAACAUUCUGUUCCACCUGAGGAGAAUAGUUUACCGACUGAGUUGGCCAUGAAGUGCAGUCAUGGGUUUCAGCUAGGAUAUUGUACUGAAGCUUCAGUUCAUUUACAAGAAUUGAAGGAUAAGCUAAUUGGAGUAUCUAAUGACCUUCUCGACAAUAUUACUAACUUGGACUCGCUUCAAAUAGAAAAGCUUCGUCAAGAAAGGAUGCAGCUGAACACCCAAAUCCAACAACUAGAUAAAUUUCUUCGGGAUGUACCGGUCUAUGAUGAAAGAAGAACAUCACAUUUCUAUGCGUCCACAGCAACUUCAUCGGCUUUUCAAACUCCUCCAUCAGUUCCAUCCAAGCUUGCUUCAACAAGGCAUGAGACUCAAAUUUAUGGGGACAAUGAGCAAAAUGGUUUUGAUAGAUGGGAUUCGUCAGCAGCCACAUUUUCUUCCUAUAACAUGUAUGGAGAUGCAGCAACUCCUUUAGAGAGGGAACCAUAUGUCCCCAAGUAUGUUGAUAUCACCUAUAUUGAUGGUUCAAAUGAUAAAAAAUGGAGUUGCCGUGAUUUUCCUUGGACAAGGAAGUUAGAGGCUAGUAACAAAAGGGUGUUCGGCAACCAUUCUUUUCGUCCCAACCAAAGAGAAGUUAUAAAUGCCACAAUGAGUGGGCAUGAUGCCUUUGUGUUAAUGCCAACUGGAGGAGGAAAGAGCCUGACAUAUCAGCUCCCUGCUCUUGUAUGCCCAGGGAUAACAUUAGUUAUUUGCCCUCUCGUCUCGCUCAUCCAAGAUCAAAUAAUGCACCUACUACAAGCAAACAUACCUGCUGCUUAUCUAAGUGCCAGCAUCGAGUGGUCUGAGCAACAGGAUAUUCUGAGGGAGCUUAGUACAGAUUAUUGCAAGUACAAGCUGCUCUAUGUCACCCCUGAGAAAGUUGCUAAAAGUGACUUGCUUCUCAGACACUUGGAUAAUCUACAUUCUCGUGGAUUACUUGCUAGGAUAGUUAUCGAUGAAGCUCAUUGUGUAAGCCAAUGGGGGCAUGAUUUUAGGCCAGAUUAUCAGGGUCUGGGUAUCUUGAAACAGAAGUUUCCAAAUGUUCCUGUUCUGGCCCUGACUGCUACUGCCACAAUUAGUGUCAAAGAAGAUGUUGUCCAGGCUCUGGGUCUUGUCAACUGCAUUGUUUUUAAACAAAGUUUUAACCGCCCUAACUUACGUUACUCGGUUCUCCCGAAGACAAAGAAGUGCGUGGACGAUAUUGAUAACUUCAUAAAAGAAAACCAUUUCGAUGAAAGUGGAAUUAUUUAUUGUCUUUCAAGAAUGGAUUGUGAAAAAGUUGCUGAAAAAUUACAGGAAUGCGGUCACAAAGCAGCUUUCUACCAUGGCAACAUGGAUCCUGCACAGCGGGCAUUCGUUCAGAAACAAUGGAGCAAGGAUGAAAUUAAUAUUAUAUGUGCAACCGUUGCUUUUGGGAUGGGAAUUAACAAGCCCGAUGUUCGUUUUGUAAUUCAUCACUCACUUCCAAAGUCUAUUGAGGGCUAUCAUCAGGAGUGUGGUCGUGCUGGUAGAGACGGGCAGCCUUCAUCUUGUGUUUUGUACUACAAUUACAGUGACUAUAUUCGUGUGAAGCAUAUGAUUAGUCAAGCGCCUGUGGAGCAAAAUUCCUGGGUGCCAGGGGGUAAUCGUUCAAAUAUGAAACCUUCAGGGAGAAUACUGGAAACAAAUACUGAAAAUCUUCUUCGAAUGGUAUCUUACUGUGAGAAUGAUGUGGAUUGCCGACGGCUUCUACAGCUUAUACACUUUGGAGAAAAAUUUGAUUCUGCCAAUUGCCAAAAAACAUGUGACAAUUGUAGCAAAAAUCAAGACUCUGUCGAAAAAGAUGUCACAGCAAUAGCAAAGCAAUUGGUGGAAUUGGUGAAGAUGACAGGACAGCAGUUUGCAUCAGCUCAUAUCUUGGAAGUCUACAGAGGUUCCAUGAACCAAUUUGUGAAGAAACACAGACAUGAAAACCUGAGUCUGCAUGGAGCUGGAAAACAACUCGCCAAGGGUGAAGCUUCCCGUGUGCUGCGUUAUCUUGUGAUUGAGGAUAUCCUUAAGGAGGACAUAAAAAAGAGUGAUGUGUAUGGAUCUGUAUCUUCUGUUUUGAAGGUAAAUGAGUCCAAGGCGUACAAACUUUUGUACAGUGGUCAGAUAAUUAAAUUAAGAUUUCCCUCCAGUAAGCCAUCUAAAAUGAGUAAACCUGAAGCAACACCAGCCAAAGGCUCACUGACAUCAGGAAAGAAAAACUCUUCAGAGAUGGUUCCUCCUGGCCAACCUCAGACUGAAUAUGACUUGGUUUGUCACUUGUCUCCACACCACACUAGUUUUACAAUUUCCCAAACUACUAUACAGUUUUUUUUUUGUCUAAUAAUAUUUUCGGUGCAUACACAGACCCUUUCGGCCAAGCUGUAUUCUGCAUUGCGUAUCCUUCGAGCUAACCUUGCUAAGGAAGCUGGAGAUGGUGUCAUGGCGUAUCAUAUUUUUGGCAAUGCAACAUUGCAGCAGAUAAGCAAGAAAGUUCCCAGAACGAAGGAUGAACUUCUGGAGAUAAAUGGAAUUGGGAAGGCCAAAGUAAGUAAGUAUGGAGACAGAGUGUUGGAAACAGUUGAGGCUGUCUUCAGAGAAUUCUAUAAGCUAGACAAAACAAGUGGGAGCAGUAGUAACGACAGUGGUGACUCAACGAAAAGGCGAAGAGAAACUGGCGACGUAUCGGUUGAGAAUUUUAAAGAUGAAGACUUGACUGAUAGCACGGGUCGUUCCAAGAGACGGGUUCUGAAAAAGAUGAAUCCCAACGCGGUUGAAGCUUCAACUAAUGAAGAUCCAGUAUUUUACGACGACAUUUUAUUCGACGAUGACCUGGAUUUUGAUGACCCAAAGUAUAAAAGUAUCCAGUGUAAUAAUGGUUUAAAUGAGGGAAGAGUGCUGCCUUCAUGGUCGUCAUCACCAGGAGCUAAUGUUUGUGCUUAG